AUGGUGGCCGCCAUGGCUCAUCUCGAGACUAUCCACCAUCCAGACGCGAUCGUGAUGACAGACGUGACCGAGACCGAGACCGACCUCGACGCCGAUCACGCUCGCCGUAUGAUGGUGCGCGAUGCGCGACGGGACGAUGAGGAACGCCCGCCACGACGAGACCGUGAGCAAUUCGAGGAUCGGCCGCGGCGACGAGAGCGAGAUCAAGAGAGAGAGCGGGAACGCAGACGAAGUGCUACUCCACCACCCAAGAAGAGAGAACCCACACCGGAUCUCACAAACGUUGUGUCUGUGCUGGAGCGCAAGAGGCGAUUGACUCAGUGGGACAUCAAGCCCCCUGGCUACGAGAAUGUGACAGCUGAACAAGCCAAGUUGUCCGGCAUGUUCCCACUGCCUGGAGCACCCAGACAACAAGCCAUGGAUCCGACUAAGUUGCAGGCCUUCAUGAACCAGCCUGGCGGGGCAGUCAACAGCGCAUCUCUGAAGCCAAGCAAUUCGCGACAAGCGAAGCGACUCAUUGUCUCGAACCUUCCUCCAUCGGCCAGCGAGGAUGGCAUCCAGUCAUUCCUCAACUUGCAGUUGAACGGCCUCAAUGUCAUCGACAGCACGGAUCCCUGCAUUCUUUGCCAAUUCUCACCAGACAAGUCGUUUGCGCUUGUCGAGUUCCGAAACUCUACGGAUGCCACCGUUGCCCUUGCACUCGAUGGCAUCUCAAUGGAGGCGGAUGACGCUAUGGAUGGCAAUGGAGCCUCAAAUGGUAGCGCGCACGGAUUGCAGAUUCGUAGGCCGAAAGACUACAUUGUUCCUGCAGUUGUGGAUGACACUGGCUACGAACCCGGCAUGGUGUCGAACGUUGUGGUGGACACUCCCAACAAGAUUAGUAUCACAAACAUCCCUGCUUACUUGACGCCGGAGCAGGUUACGGAGCUGCUCACGUCCUUUGGGGAACUUAAGGCGUUCGUCCUGGUCCAGGAUUCUGGCACUGAGGAGUCAAGGGGUAUUGCUUUCUGCGAGUAUGCUGAGCCCAACACCACAGACAUUGCCAUUCAAGGACUGAACGGUAUGGAGCUGGGUGACAAGAAACUCAAGGUCCAGAAAGCCAGCAUCGGUAUUAGCCAAGUCGCAGGUGUCGAGAUGGGCGUGAAUGCUAUGGCCAUGCUUGCCGGGACGACCUCCACAGAUUCCGAGGUUACUCGUGUUCUCCAGCUGCUGAACAUGGUCACACCCGAGGAACUCCUAGACAACGACGACUAUGAAGAAAUAUGCGAGGAUGUGAGAGAUGAAUGCUCCAAGUUCGGCACCGUUGUCGACCUGAAAGUGCCUAGACCUGUGGGAGGCAGUAGGCAGUCAGCAGGCGUGGGCAAGAUAUAUGUCAAGUUUGAUAGCAAAGACUCAGCAACGAAGGCUCUGCAGGCUUUGGCAGGCAGGAAAUUCGCUGACCGAACUGUCGUGACAACCUACUUCCCUGAGGAGAACUUCGACGUCGGUGCCUGGUAA